UUUAUGGUGAGCACAGACAUGCACGUGUUGUCUGAAAUCCAUAUAUGAACCAUGCAGCCUAGCUACCUAAUUAUUCGACCACCUGUUCAACGCUCCUUCGCUUCCCAUAAAACCCUAAGACACCCAUUAUUCAACCAACCAACCUAUACCUAACUCUCACUCUCCUUUGAGUCUUCAUUCUUCAACCAUGAAAACACAUAACCAUCACCAUCACCAUCCACCCAAGCUCAAAACCCCAUUCUUCUCCUGUGCUUUCUUUCGCCACUGCACUCAAACUGUGCUCAGUCCCACCGCCACCUCCGCGACUACUCUUCCGCCGCCCUCCGCCGCCCCACCUCCACCUCCCCCGCCUGAAUCUUCGGAAUCUUCUUCCUCUUCCUCCGCCACCUCACAAAGCUUUACCCAGUGGAAGUUCCCGCUCCCGCUGCCGACCACUCCGACCCGACCCGACCCGGUGCCCAGACCUAAAAACCCGGUCCCACUUCCCCCGCCGAUCACUGCCACUGAGCUGCAAGAGCUCUUCCACGUGGCGGAGCUCCAGUUGAGCACCGGGUCGGAUUCGGAUCGGGUCAAUGCACUACACAUGCUGGAGAGGUCGCUUGUGCCCAACCCGCAUUCGGUCUGCGAAAACGCUUUGUGCCCUACUGCCGUUAUGGAACAAGUGGUUUCUAGUUUGAAGGAGAAACAAGUUGCCAAAACAGUGACCAAAGUUUUACUAGCAUUAUGUCUUGCUGAAGGCAACCGACACGUGGCGGUGGAGGCUGGUGCUGUCGGAAGAGUGGUGGAGGCACUUCCCGACUUGGAAGGCGCGGCGGCGGAGAGGUCCUUAGCCGCUCUUGAGCUACUCUGCACGGUGGAGGAGGGAGCGGCGGGGGUGAGGGCCCACGCAUUGGCGGUGCCAAUGCUGGUGGAAGCUAUGGGGAAAAUCACGGCCAGAGGAAGAGAAUACGCCAUCGGUGUGCUUGCGGUGAUCUACGGCGGCAACUCGGACGAUGAGCUAGCGGUGGCGCCGCCAGAGGAGGUGGCGCGUGCAGUGGUGCUCGCAUUGCAAGGGGACUGUACAGCCAGGGGAAAGAAAAAGGGGGCCCAGUUACUGAAGAUUCUUCAAGAGAAUGGACGGUUGGAUUUGAGUGAUGAGGAGGGGAAUGAGGAGUAGAUUGCAUUUGCACUAAACAAAGACAAACAUGAUGAUAUAUUAUUAGGGCUAGGUAGCUUAUAAUUGUAAUGGGUUGUUUGUAGCAAUAAAAUAAAAGAGAUUUGUUAUAAUUAUAUAUUUUUAUAGGUGGUGGGGGUUGAUAUAAUUAAGGCUGAAGAAACUGAGACAGAUUGUGGGGCUGUCUGUACAAAAUAAAGCUAAGUGGAUUUCAUCAAUGUCAGAUGACUCGUACAAAUCUAAUACUAGCGUCCUGUUACUAUUUCAUUAUUGUACUGUCAUCUGUAUCUAUCUGUCAAUUUAUAUUGUCUACGAAUCACUGUUGUAAAUCUUAGUGUUACUGUUGUAACUUUUAUUUUGAAUCUAGUCGAGACAUGCUUAUAUUUCA